AUCUACACGAUUCCCCCGGAACAACGCGGACUAUACCAGAGUGCUGAGCUUUAUUCGCGGGUCCGUUAAACAGUGCCAGUAAUCUGAUAAUACUUUUUUCAGAGAUCUGCUCCGGAACAACGCGGACCUGGGCUACCUAGCGCGUAUAAAUCUCAACCAGGAAAUGCUGCACCCCAUUCCACACUUAUACAUUUGUUUCUAGACUUUGAGUGUCGAGUCCUUAGACGUCCAUAUCACCUUCAACGAUAUACAUUAUGAAGCCCUCUGCGAUUCCGGUGAAAAGACCUUUCCCUGUUGACAUCCUCGAAGCCAUAGCUGCAGCAGUAUUCGACGCAGCUCUUCCUUGCCCCUCUUCUCCGUUGGACCCCCUCUACCUGCCAAACACUGCUAAUAUGCCGACUUCCUCCCCUUCCGCAUUUCCCGCGCCACACUGGUCGGAACCCGUCGCACGCAAGACGCUUGCUAACAUGUGUUUAGUUAGCAAGGAUUUUUACUAUGCAGCUAAACCAUGGUUAUGGAGACGGAUUGAGGUGAACCUUCCCCGUAACUGGCUUCGUUUACUGGAUGAGAUUUGUGGGGAGGACGAGGAACACACCCCGCCACAAGUCAUUCCCACAAUCCUUAUGCCAGUUUCCACCGACGGUUAUCCUCAUUUGGUCGUUACUUCUCCCCCAUCCUCGCUAUCUACGCCUGUUCCGGAUAAUAAUGUUGCAAUGUUGAGCACGAAACGUGUUACGCAACUGGCGAACGUUAUCACAAUGCCCGACAAGGAUAUGCGUAAACGUACCGUCCCAUUGGAUUUGCUAUCUCCAGGUGUCUCCCGGGAUCCUAGCCCCCGAAGGUUGCGUGCACGGUCCCCUGGGCGAUGGCGAUUUAUUCGAGAUGUGAAUCGGAGGAUUCAUGCCGAACCCGGAUUGUAUGUCCCGACUCCAGUGUAUUCUCGCCCUGGACGAUACGUACGCCACCUUGAUUUCAACCACUUUAGGACAAUCAGUAUGAGGCAUUUUGUUGGUGACGGGACGCGAUUCGUGACCGAGGCACGCUUGGAGCGUCUGCUCAAGGAAAUGCCUAAUCUGCGCGUAUUCGGAGCGACGGAGCUGAUAGAGAGUGCUGUCAGUGCUAACGUGCUUGCAGAACUGAUCCUCCGAGGACUUCCUUAUAAUGGUGCACCAGUCCGGGGACGUGGCGCGGUGCGACUUAAACAUGAGAUGGAAGAGGCAGAUGAUGAAGAGAGACGAGCAGAAUACAAGCCCCUAGAAGCUUUAGACUUUUGUGGAUGCGCCAGUCCCAUCUUCGCCACUUCCCUGCAGCAAUUUGUUAAGGAAACCGGACUCGGUUUGUCCUACAAACCAGCCCAACCUAAACGUUUAGCUUCUGGGCAUUUUAACGGACAUGCCAAGGAGCCUUCCCUGAUUCCCGUUCCUCUAAGGACAUUCCCUGGCCUCAGGCGCCUCUGUCUAGAUGGCGUUGCAUCUGUUUCGCCGGAUAUUCUCUCCGCAUUCGUCUGUUCUUUCCCUUCCCUCACCCAUCUCGAUCUCGCUUCGACUUGUUGCACCCCCACGCUAUUACAGGCGCUUGCCGCCACACCUACAAUCCGCUUGCACUCACUGUCACUUUCACGUUGUAGUCGGCUCACUUCUGAAUCGAUUACGGAUUUCCUCAUCGACGGCGGUGCAGUAACCGAAGGCAUCCGGGAGUUAAGUCUUUAUGGAGAUGCAACUGCUCCGUGCCCAUUGACGAGGUGGGACCUCGGCAGGAUCGUGACGGAGGCCAAAUGUUUUAUCCGUGGACAAUUAGAGUAUCUUGAUCUCUCCGGUAGCGCGCUCGAUAAAAGUCACCUUGCGGGUUUCUCGCCCCAACCUUCCUUGCGCAGCCUCGGUCUGAACUUUCUUGGUGCGAACAUCAGCAUGCACGAAGGCACUGAAGGUCGCACUGAAGGUCUGACGCUUGGGGAUAUUCGCGACUUUUUAUUUAAUAAAGCUCCAAACGUUGAGAUUGUUACGCUCGUUGGAAGUACGCCUGAGUUGACUGGUACUAUUCACGAUGGGUCACCUCACGCGUCUCCUGCGAAGCUUACAGCUAGCAAAGGAGCCAUCUCCAUAGCGCUACACUCGCAGCUUCUCCUGCCACUAUGUGUCCCGGCGUGCAUCUCCAGUGAUUCUCCCAAUUAUUCGCCUCCGGAACCACCAACGAGGUUGCGGGUAGUUGAGCUUUCAGCUUUCACGUUGUCCUGUCUCGGCACAGGAGCGUUUGGAUGGAAAAUUGUGAAGAGUCGAGGGGGCCGAGCGUGGUAUGUGGAUUCGACUGCUGUUUGGGCGGAUGGCGCCCUGCGUAGGGGUGUGCAAGAGGGGAAGGGCAAGGAAGUCAGGGUGUGUCUGGAGCGGUGGGCUUGCGAGGGUAGUCCCCACGGAGUUGGAUGGCAUGCAAGGAAGAUGGAAGUAUUGCAUGGGCAGGGUAUGUUCGGGAGAGAGGACGGGCUUUAUGGCGCCGUCUCCUUUGCGUAUGCGGGGUGAUUUUAUCAUUCUCUGUUUUUCCCAACGCUUUCGAUCACCUUUCCUCCUCGUCUUCGUCAUUUUGACCUAGAUUUUCCCUUCCUGCUCUCUGAUAGAAAACUCGGUCUGAACACUGUGCAACUAGGCUUGCUCAGUUGUUCUCGUAGAAUCUACUAGACGCAGAUUCUCCGGUCCCGCUAAUAUGCGAAGGACCAUGCGGGGUACGGCGAGAACAUCGUACAUGCGUUUUUGUUAGUUAGAAAUAAUCAAGA